UCUUCUACCCUAAGUCCUGACAUCAUUUUUUCCAUCUCGUCUCUCUUCUCUUUUGGUAGGUUUCGUGUCAAUUGCGCUCGUGAGAGUUCUGCUCAAUCCCCGAUUCUCGCAAUGAACGCCUUCUCGAUCCGCGCUUUCAUUCCACCUAUAGCGCGUCGAGCACUUCCCCUCCGCGCAACUCGCCGCUACGCCGUCCAAUCCCCCGGAGCUCCCACCAUUGAGAUAUUCAGCCAACAGCACAAAUGGAUGCAAAAAGAGCGCGCAGCCCGCGAUGUAGAAGCUAGCCGGAGUGUGGAUUAUUUGAGAGACGAAGUGGCUUCACGACUUUGCGAGCGACUCCUGGAUAUCAAUCGUCAAUUCCCACACGUCCUCGAUCUCGGAGCAAACGCUUGCAACAUCGCCCACCAACUGACUCUUCCAUCUGAAGACUCUCCCGAAAACGGCCCAAGAGGAAAAAGAAUAGGGCAGCUCACGGCGGCCGACUCCUCCGAAACCCUCCUCUACCGCGACGCACACCUCCCUUUCAACAACGAAAUCAACAUCAAGCGCGAAGUCCUUCCAACCUCUGAGAUCCUCCCCUACGAGGCCAAUACCUUCGAUGCCGUUCUCAGCAGUCUAAGCAUGCACUGGAUCAACGACCUACCAUCCGUCCUCGCGCAGGCCAACAACAUCCUCAAGCCCGAUGCGCCCUUCAUCGGCGUCAUGAUGGGUGGCGACAGCCUUUACGAACUGCGCACCUCGCUGCAGCUCGCAGAACUCGAUCGUAGGGGUGGCGUGGCUACACAUACCUCCCCACUGGCCGAUGUCCGCGAUGUCGGGGGUCUGCUCCAGAAAGCAGGGUUCAACCUCCUCACUGUCGACGUCGACGACAUUGUCGUAGACUUUCCGGAUACCUUUGCGCUCAUGAAAGACCUGCAAGCCAUGGGCGAGUCCAAUGCUGUUGUCUCACGUGAGAAGGGCGCUAUCCAGCGCGAUGUGCUGCUUGCUGCCGAGGGCAUCUACAGAGAAUUGCAUGGCAAUGAGGAUGGGUCGUUGCCUGCGACUUUCAGGCUGAUUUACAUGAUUGGCUGGAAGCACAGUCCGACGCAGGCGAAGCCGUUGGAGAGAGGUACAGGUAUGUUCAGCAUUAAGGAUUACUUGGAGAAGGACGGGAAGAAGGGUGAUGGAGAGGGGGAAUCGAAGUGA